GCAAAAUCGCCCUGGCCAUUAAGACAGAGUCGAUUGCGCGAGGAGAACGCAGCCUCAGCUGAUAAGCUGUCGUCAAGAUAGUCAUCUUGUUGUCGCAAAGCGCUGGAAGGAGGCGCGCUGCUCAGAAGCGACGAGCGCAGGAGUUCACAAAAAGAAGGGCCUCACUGCUGCUGGCUUAAGCGCGCGUGCACAACGCGCCGCCGCCGCAGCGCAACAAUAUGGCUAGCCCUGGAGCCAUGCUCCCGCCGGAAUUCGACCUCAACACCGUAAGACAGCCGCCGCCGACCAGGGCGCCGUCGUACCGCCAGGCCUACCAGGGCUACAGAAAUGGCGAGGACGUCGGCGGUAGAGGCGCCGUCCACGCGAUUAGAGCGGCGACGUACAUGUCUGGUGGUUUAGCGACACCACAUGGUUCGGCAGCUCAGUUCAAGCGCGUUUCUUCCGUCAACCUCUUAGCUACGUCGUUAGAACACGCCACGGAGUUGUAUGAUGAACUAGAGAGACUCGACUCGCAGCUCAAGAUCUCCGGCUUACUCAGUGGAUGCGUCGGCGUCGCGGCCACCGCGAACUUUUUGAACGGCUACCACACGUCCGUGAUGAACUCGGCCGAAGCCAGCGCCUUACCGGGCCAUUCGCUGGUGGCGUGGUCCGUCGCGGUCGCCGCGUUACCGUUAGCGGGAGCACCUGGUAGCUUCAUCGGCGGCUGGCUCGCGGAGGGCCGACGGUUGGGCCGGGACGGGUGCCUCUGGUUCGUCGGGUUUGUGUAUUUGGUCGGUGGCGCGGCCAUGGUCGCGUCGAUUCAUUACGGUAGCAUGAAAUUGCUGAUAGCGGCUCGCUUGCUUGUGGGGUUGGCUUGUGGGGCUACCACAGUAGUAUUGCCAGUAUACUUAGGUGAGUUGGCGCCACCGCGUCUACGAGGCACCUUCGGCACGUUCACGCAGCUCGCCAUGGUUAUUGGUAUUCUGGCCGCUGAUCUAGUGGCAUUAGUGUACGAGUCGUUUACGUUGUUCCUGGUGUCGUUCUUAACGGCUGCGGUGAUGCUCAUCUGUGCGGGGUUGCUGCCGCUGGCGCCGACGCCGCAAUCCGCAUUGGCAGAAGACGCGCGGAUAGCGCGCAUGUCGCCGGGCGGCAUGGACCCGUCCGAUGGUGGAAGAUGGUUGGGUGCGGUAGAAUUGUGCAAGAACUUAUACCUGUUAGAUGAUGAAGCAGCGAGGGAGGAGGCCCACGCCAUCGCUACGGCCGUCGAGGCGAGGCAGACGGGCGAGAAUCCAGCCAAGCCGAACUUCACGCCGCAGAAAAGAACCUUAGGUGGUUUUGGCUCUCCGGGGGCCGAGCUCCUGGAAGACGAGGACGCGCAAAAAAGGGCUCAUACCAAAUUGAUGCGAUGCGCUUUGGUUUUGCAUGUCGCCCAGCAGUUGUCUGGAAUCAACGCGGUCUUCUACUACUCUACGACCUUCCUCCAAGGCGUGAUUGAUUCGCCGGCGGUCGGUACGGCGCUCGUUGGUUUCAUUAAUGUCCUGGCGACCAUGUUCGCGUCGGCGUUGAUGGACUCCCAUCGAAGGCGGUCCAUGUUGAUACUUAGUAUUGUUGGCAUGCUCGCCGGUGCUUUAGUGCUGACGCUCGCGUUAAAUGGCUCCCUAGGAAACGCCUGGGCCCUGGCCGGGGUUGGUUCCUACGUCUUCUUCUUCGAGCUGGGACUCGGCCCGAUCCCCUGGAUGAUCGUGCCCGAGCUGUUUACCGCGGACAAGGUCGUCCAGAGCCAAAGCGCGGGCUCGCAGAUCAACUGGACGAUGAAUGUGGUGGUUGGUCUCGGGUUCCCGGCGCUAAAUGCGGCGCUGGGGGCCUACGCCUUCGUGCCCUUCGCGCUGGUGCUGGUGGCGACAUUGCUAUUUGUCUUAGUCGCACUACCGGAAACGUACGGCCGGACGCCCGAAGACGUUUUUCGGGAUCUGGUCAUCCGCGAGUCGGGCGGCUACUACGCCCAGGGCUACGGCGCCGUCUCGACGCUCGAGCUCGAGUACGAGCUUGCACGAGCGCAGACCAACGUCGCCCGCUCGCGCAGCCGGCUCAAGCUCGCCGGGCUCUGAAUGAAUUCACCCGCGCGCGAGGUCCGCCUAUCUAUAUUGUAAAGUAUCCGUCGUUUAGCUUC